CAUCUCUAAUAAUCUGGAACGAAGUUGCCAUGACAAAGCGCCAAACUGUUGAGACGCUUGAUAGGUCCUUAUAGGACAUCAUGGGAUCUGCUUUACCUUUUGGGGGGAAAGUCGUGGUGUUUGGAGGAGAUUUUAGGCAGGUCCUUCCCGUUGUACCACGUGGUACAAGAGCUCAAAUCACUGAUGCAACGCUACAGAGGUCUUAUUUAUGGGAUAAGAUUAGGAAGAUACGCCUCACACGCAAUAUGAGGGCACAGACCGAUCAGUGGUUCUCCGAGUACCUACUGAGAAUAGGCAAUGGAACAGAAGAGACAAUCGGUGGUGACUAUGUGCGUCUUCCGGAUGACAUUGUUAUUCCUUUCACUCCUACCGACGAACCAGUGAACAAGCUUAUUGAAGAUGUGUUCCCAUCGCUUAAUGAGAACGCCACAUCUGGACCCUACAUGAGUGCACGUGCCAUUCUAUCAACGAAGAAUGAUCAUGUGGACAAUCUAAAUAAAAAGAUGAUUGACCGAUUUCCUGGCCAGGCAAAGGUAUAUUAUAGCUUUGACUCUGUCGAGGAUGAUGCACGCAAUAACUACCCACUGGACUAUCUAAACUCACUCACUCCAAAUGGCCUGCCCCCGCAUGAUUUGAAACUCAAAAUCAAUUGUCCCGUCAUUCUUCUCCGCAAUCUCGAUCCGCACAAUGGGUUGUGCAAUGGAACAAGACUGAUGAUUAGAGCAUUCUCGGAUAACGCAAUCGACGCUGAGAUUGUCGGUGGACAACAUGCUGCAAAUAGAGUGUUCAUACCGAGGAUCCCUUUGUCGCCCUCGGAGGACAUUUCACUUCCUUUCAAGUUUAAGAGGAAACAGUUCCCCGUCCGGUUGAGUUUUGCAAUGACCAUCAACAAAGCCCAGGGGCAAACCAUUCCGACCGUUGGUAUUUACCUCCCAGAGCCUGUAUUCUCCCAUGGCCAGCUUUAUGUUGCACUUUCAAGGGGUGUGUCAAGACAGACCACUCGGAUUUUGGCCAAGCCAAAUAUAGACAUAGACCCCACUGGAAAAAGCACAAAGAACAUUGUGUAAAGGGAUGUAUUGGAGGGAUAGAACAGGUUUGUUCUUUCUUGCCGGUCUUUUCGUCUAUUCUUUAAUGUUCUUGGUGCUAAUCUCCUAUUGAGACUGCUAAUGAAAUAUAGGCCUUUUCCUCAAUGUUAUAGACCUAGAAAUUAUGCGAUGGCAGUGAGUGAUCUUGACUUUGCCU